AUGGCAACAGCUAAUUUCUGGAUGUCAUUUACGAAUACAUUACUUGAGAGCAAUUCAUAUUUGAAGAAAGCAAAACUGAAUAAUUCUGAAGAAGUACAGGCUAUAAUUGAUACGGGAAGUUCCUUUUGUCUCUUAAGGACUUCAGUUGCUCAGAAACUCAAAGUGAAACCAGAACCUGCUUUGAAUGAACUGUACAGUUUUGGAAAUCAAAGGGUGCCUGCAGUGACCUCUAUAGGAAUGAUUAAAGCCGAUAUAGAAGUUGAUAAUGUAAAAGGCCAAGGCAUAAAUAUAUACCUUGUACCUGAUAAUGCACAGCCAGUUGAUCUAAUCAUCGGACGGACAUGGCUUGAUCUACCUCACAUCGCUUAUGUCAGAAUAGGAAAAAGAUUUCACUUCGCGUAUAGGGAAGAUGAACUAUUUAGUAACCUCCAAAUUGAUGAAAAAAUAAAUCGAGUCUGCCUUAAAGCUCUUGAGGAAAAUGAAUUAGAGAAAAAUAGUCCUUAUGCUGCAAAUAGAAAUCGACACUGUGGCCAACUGUUCUCUAAACAUCACUUCAUGCCAAAGCAAAGACAGAAUGUCGAAAGUGAUUCUGUCUUUAGUCAGAGCCAAGAGAAUGUAGAUGAUAAGCAGCAAAUACAACCUCAAAGGCCCGUACGAAGGCAAUUAUGUUAUCCUUACUUCAGGCAAUAUUGUGGUUAUCUAUCUAUAGCACUUCCACGAAACGUUGGACGUGAUGGAAGAGAAGAUGAACAAAAGGAAAGAAAAACGGAGAAAGAGUUUCAGGAGGUGGAAGAGACGAUCACUGGAAUCCUAGACUAUUUUAUCAAAGGUGCUUUAAUAAGCAAAAUCCACUACUAUCAUAGGAAUGACACUGAAUGCAGUCAAAGUAGAAUGGAAGGAGAAGCAACUAGUAAAUAUACUGAAGCAAAUGACGACGAAAAACAGCAGCCACGCGGUCAAGGAGCUAGAUCUUGUCCACACUUUUGA